AGUAAUACCGAUGUUUGCUCUUCUCAAAUGUUUUGUGGCAGCAUCAGAAGUUUUGGUGAUAUAAUAAUCUUACUCAAGUGUUGAAAAACUCUAUUACGUAUGUUGGAAGAAGACUCAUUCGUCUAGAAAAUAAAUAAAACUAGAAACAAUGAAGAUGACAAUAGCUGAAGGCAUUAAAGCAUUCCUCGAGCUCAGGUGUCCAAAUGAUCGGUGUGAGACCUUUACCUCCAGCGGCCACGAUCGCGUUGACUAGCGGUGCUUGUAACUUCGCCGCAUUGCGCAGAAAUCGGCGAUAAUAAUUAACCAUCCCAAUGAAACGACGGAGUCCUUGUACGGUCUGUGGUAGAAGAAAAUCUUUUAGAGCUUGAAUGCGCUCUGAUGGUGGUUGUGUUCCGUCGGCGGAUAUUCUGUUUCCGAGAAAAGUAACCUCAGGAGCACCAAACACGCAUUUUGCGUAAAUGUUAAAUUUAAAUAAAUGUUUAAAUUUUAUUGUUGUAGCGGCAUAAACAAUUCUAAGUAAUUAUAUUAUAUUAGUUAUUUAACACAUUAUAAAUUAUUUUUACGUUUUAAAUAUUUGGCGGUAAAAAGGUCCCGUGGCACAGACUAUAUUCUUUUUCCCACCUCUCGUGCGUUCCGGCUUACGCAUCAUAAAAAGGUGCGUUCUUAAACGCCACAUACUCUUAUUUUAGCUUCUGGCACUUUUUGGUCGUAUUGGGAAUUUGGAUAAAGAAAAUAAAAUAAAAUGUAAAAAAUGACAACCCUGAAGAUCCUGCUUCUUGAGCAUGUAGGGGAUUUCCCCAUACUUCUCGUGCUAUAUUCGUAUCACAUUCAAUUAACAACUUUAAAACUUUGCUUAGAAAGUUGAUAAUCUUGAAACGAGUAUUCAUAACUACGAGUUUACGGUUUAUAUUUCAAUUUAAUCCUUCGAUAAAUAAUAGAGUAUAACUAUUAUUGAUCGAAGAUUUAAUCAGUCAUAGAGACAUAAUUAUAGAUAGAUUAGGUAGGAUUAUGAUAUUAGACAUUUCUUGGGCGAUACUUAUUAUUAUUGGUGGUGGUGAUGAAGCGAAAAUAUGAAAGAGCGUAUGUGAAAAUAUGAAACUCCUGUAUUUUUAUUUUUCUUGGUUUAUUACAACGGUUAAUAAAGUUGGCAUUAAUUAAGCAUUUUUUACUAUAGACGUUGGCAGGAUUUGGCAGGUUUUCAACUAAAGUAAGGCAGGAUCUAUUGUUUAGAGAUGGUCACACUGCAUUUAAGCCUGAAGAAACACUAAAUAGACAAAAUAUAUGUAGCAAUCUAAUUUGGCGUAUCUAUGAAUUCUACAUACAUAUCUAAUAAUGUAUACAGUUUAUUGUCUUUAUUUAUAUUAUCUAAUGAUGUACAUAUUUUAUUUAAUCUUAUUUAUAUAUGUAUCUUCAUAUAUUCUCUAACUUUCCUAAUCUCCCCUGCGAAUUCGUUCAAGUUUUUGUUUUUAUUAUGUAGUUUCCCAAGCUUUUAUUUUCUUUGUGGCAAAUGCGCAAGCCGCGCGAGCCAAAAUCAAACGGAAGAAGAAUUAUGUGUAGACAAAAAAAAAAGUUUUCAUUACUAUUUAAAACAUAUUUCUAUCAGUAAAUAUUAAUGUACCUAGUUCCUCUGAAUUGUUUAUCUUCGUAAAAUGGAUAUUGAAGGAACAAAUAAUUCAAGUAAAGAACGAUUUGUUGAGUGCUUAACGCAGCAAUUGAGUGAAUUAGAAUUAUUAGAAUCAAUGUAUCCCAAUAAAGGGGAUUUACUUUUAUGUAAUAAAAACAUAAAAGACAUUAAGUCUUUUAUUGAGAAUAAUUCUGAAUAUGUUCCUGAUAAUUUAGAUUUUACGUUAAAUCUUUUUAACAAUCAAUUUAAAAUUGAAAUUUCAAUCAAUCUUCCAAGUUUUUACCCAGAAGAAGAACCAGAUGUAUACAUUAGAUGUAAUCAACUAAAUCGAAUGCAAGAAACUCUAAUCAAUAGUCAACUGCAAGAAUUUAUGAAAACUAUUAACAGAGGCGAGUUGUGUUUAUACACAAUCAUAACAUGGAUACAAGAACAUAUUGAGGAUAUAAAACUAUCAGAAGUACUUCCUGCAGAAGAAACUAAUACUUCAAAAUUAUUUGAUGAAAAGUUUUCAAGACUUUGGGUGUAUUCUCAUCAUAUAUAUAACAAGAAAAAGAGAGAAAAGAUUGUGAAGAAAGCAAAAGAGUUAAAUUUGACUGGCUUCUGUUUGCCCGGUAAACCUGGAAUAGUCUGCAUUGAAGGUGAAACAAAAGACUGUGAAGAUUGGUGGAGGGAGAUCAAAUGUUUAAAUUGGCAGAAAUUAGUUAUUCAGAAAUCAGAGGUUUUAGAAUGUUUAGAAAAUGAUAGAAAGUUUACUAAUUUUGAGGAAUUACAAUUUCAAUCUAACAAUAACACAAAAUUUUCUAACAUGAGUGAGUUUUCCAAAUUCAUGAACUUGAAUGGUUUUCAGUCAAUAUUUAAUGAAUUAUUUGGAUUAUGACUAUAUAGUUAUUUUUUUUUCUAUUACUAAAUAUUUCUUGAUAGACUAAUAAAUUAUAUGUUUCAAUAUUGAAA